AUGAACACCAGACAAUCUCGCAGAAAACGAAGUAUCAGUUCGAUCUCGAAUUCAGAGCCCCGCACUUCUCGUCGGUGUGCGGGAAAUGCCUCGACCCCAUCUUGUGAAACUCCCCGCCAACCAUCUAAAAGGGUCCGUUUCUCGGAUCCAGGCCCACGUCUGGAAAGAGGCUAUCAUGGAUGCUCUACAGGCCUCACUCCGGCCAUGGUUCGCACAUCGUUCGAAGAACCUGGCGACUCCACAAAUUGCAUCAAUAGUACCCCAAGUCGCCGGUUACGACGUCGUUCAACUCCACUUCCACGAUCUCGUUCGCUAGAUCCCCUGUUGCCCAUUGACGGGUCCCAUUCAGAACGGGUGGUGCAGUUUACCCCUCUACGACAGAUUCUAGACUCCCGGACUCAGCGUAGAAUUCGGCGAGUGGGUUUGAGCGAUGAGAUUAACCAGCUCGAACGUGAGAAGCGGGAGUCCGCACAAUACCAAAAGUCACUUCAAGCUCUACUGCAGGAAAGAGAUACCCUGAAGAAAGAGCUAGAGUUGGCAAAAUGGAACACCGUCACUCCAGCAAAACAUUCACCCAAUAACGAGAUUGCAGGCUUGUCCCCUCAGUCUAAGCUAGAGCAGCUAGAGUCCGAGAACAGUCGGCUAAGGCAAGAGAUCACGUUCUCGUCUAUCGAGAAUGCCAACGACCAAUUCGAUGAAGCUGAUACGGAAGGCGACACCAUCAUUAUUGAUGACAGUGGGUUUGACGGGAGCACGUUCCUCAUGUCCGACUCCCCAAUCAUGCGUAGCGUGCAGCUUUCCCGAGCUUCCCCUGAUGACUCCUCAAUCCUGGGCACUCAAAAGUCCAAUGCCGAUGCUUUAGUUCAAGCAUCUCUGCCUGAAAUGGAUCAUGACGCUGAGCUUCUUGCUCUGUCGCUCGACUUGGAAGCUGCUAGAAAGGAGAAAACUGAUUUGUUCUACGCAUGGCGCAAUCGACUUGCUUCCUUUCAGGGCGGUGCAGUUGAACCUUACCUCUCCAGGUCUUCUCCUCCACCAGACUUCUUCAACCAAAUUUUGCCUACAUUAACAGGAGCUCUCACCAGCGCCUCAGAUGCCAUCAGUGCACUGGACACUGUCAAGCAGGAGCUUUCUGGCCUAGGGUUCCCUGGUAGAAGCAUGGACGAGAUUAUAUCUGAAAUGCGCAACCGCUUCCGCUCAGCACGUUUACAACUAGAGCGUGCAGUUCCUGGGGAAACGCCCAGCUCGAGCUUAGAGAACGGAAAUGCAACUCUCAGUGCUCUCGUUAGGCGGGUCGAGCUACUCGUUAAAAGUUUAGGCGAAGAGCGCACACGACAUGAAGGAUCUCUGGGGCGAGAGCGGGCAUUGCGUGGCCAGUUCGACAAUUUGUUGGUCCGCUAUGAGACCGCCUCGAAGAAAAUAAAUGACCUUGAAGAAUCAAUUGCAUCUUCGGCGGGAGAUAUGCUACACACAAGAAUGAGGAUGCAGGAGCUUGAGCGUGAAGGGAAGGAACAAGCUCUAGGAAUUGAACGAUUAAAUGAAGCUCUAAGCAAGUACCGCGAGGAGGUCAAGAACCUUGAGAAACUCGUGACGGAACUCGAACAGGAUAAGGCCAUUUCCAAUGAAUGGCAUGGGGAACAGAUGGCGCAGCAGGAGAAGCGCGUGAUAGAAGAAGAACGUGCCCGCCAUGCAGCCGAGUCGGCCGUUGCAGAGCGAGAGACACAUAUCCGGGAAUUGGAAGGAAACGUUGAAUCUAACCGGGUCCGCGUGUGUGAUUUAACCGCUAAGAUCGAGAUACUAGAGAAGGAGCUGAAGCACACGGUUGACAGCUCCGAACAACAGGCAGCCAACCAACGUCAACGUCACCAACAGGAAGUCGGUAGUAUGAACGUCCGCAUCUCUGAGCUCACCACAUCGCUUGACAGUGCCAAGUCCGAGGUCGACAAACUUCGUCAAAACAAUUCCGGGUUGGAGGAACAGCUGCGCCUCGAGAUGGAUGCUAGGGAUGAUUUGCUGGAGAAAUGGGCCGCAGACCAGGCACGGUCCUUUACUUACAUGAAGGAGACUAUCAAGGUAGAGCGACGUAAGGCGAAAGUGCGCAGUGCCAAUUGGCAACUCAAAUCGGACGAGCUGCAAUCGGAUGGCACGAACAUUGGUAGCGAGCCCUUUACCCCUGUCAGCAUGGCGCGAUUCGUUGACGUCGAAGUCGGCCGAGGCAAGGAACGCUGGCGGUUGGAUAGCGGAAUUGGCAUACUCACAGAAGAUGAGCUUUUUGAGGAAGUAGGCAUCGAAAACAACCCCCUUCCUUCUGAUCCGGCCGAUCUCUAG